UUUAAAGAAGAGAAAAAUAGAGAAGAAAUUUCUGGAAUUUUGAUUUCAGUUGAUAUAAUUCAGUGCCUGAAAAGCCAUUCCACAGAUCCUGCCAAAGAGGUCUGGACUUCGUCUAGAACCGUGUGCAACAGCCUGCUCUAGUGAGGUCUUGUAUUUUUCUCAUUAGACCAAAAUCACGGAUGGAAAGGAACAACCCUGGUGGUACAGGUCCAGUGCACGUGCCACUGGGGCAUAUUGUGGCUAAUGAGAAAUGGCGCGGGUCCCAGCUGGCUCAGGGGAUGCAAGGAAAAGUUAAACUCAUAUUUGAGGAGGAUCUGACAUCGGCGGAUUUUUACCUGUCCAGCAGAUCUUGCAUUCUCUAUAUCACUGAGGCAGAUUUGGUGACUGGACAUGGCUACAGAAAGAGACUUGUUCGUGUCAGAAAUUCUGGACAUCUUCAAGGGAUUAUAAUAGUUGAAAAAACACAGACAAGUGAACAGUACUUCCCAGCAGUCCAGAAGUUUACUGUGCUCGACCUUGGGAUGGUGUUGCUCCCAGUGGCCAACCAGUGGGAAGCAUCCUGCCUCAUUAUCCAGUUGGUUCAAGAGCAGACCAGGGAGCCUAGCAGGAACCCCUUCCUCAGGAAGAAGCGGUGUGUGCUCUCAGAGCUGUCCCUUGUUCAGACUGUGCAGCAGAUCCCAGGGGUUGGAAAAGUUAAGGCUCCUCUUCUGCUCCAGAAGUUUCCAACCAUCCAUCAACUGAGUAAUGCUUCCGUCCAAGAACUUGAGGAGGUCGUGGGACACUCAGUGGCGCAGCAAAUCCACGCUUUCUUCACCCAGUCUGGGUGGCAGCAGCCUCACAGCUAACUUUCCCUCCCUCAGACUACAGAGCCUGGUUUUCGUAUUAUAAAGGAAGAAAAGUGUUCUUUUCUCAGUGGCAAAGAGCAAAAGACAAAACGAGGAUUGAUGGAGCUUGCCCGUCACCUUAUUGUCUGCCCGGGCAGUGACUUUAUGGGCUGUGGGUGGCACUGCCCACUUUCUGCUAAGAUGAAAAGGCUCCCAUGGGGAUCAUCCAGAGAGUGCCAGAGACUCAUUCUCAGCAGACAUGUAUGGCCCCGUCCCUCGCAUCUGCCACUGAGAGGUCCCGGGAAGUGCCAGGCACUGAUGUGAGGGCUUGGCACUGUAGAGGGAGUGCCCCUGUGCCCAGGGUCAGGGCUUCUCUGCACACAGUGGCGCCCUAGAGCUGCUAACCCUUCCUCCCUCUCCACACAAUAAACAUCUUGUGCCUGAGAUGAGAACAGUUCAGAAGAAGUAAUUAAAAUGAAAUAAAAGCAAAGAAAAAUAUU